AUGGAGAUAGGUUAAUAUAAUGAUGUAAUGCAAUAUGCCUCUUAAUUGGCAGAUUUGGCUUUGAAUGUUGGAUUUGUGGUGGGUCCUCUAAUUGGAUACGUGGCUCAAUAUUAAUUGAUAAAGCAAUAAAAGAGUGUAGGAUCAUUCUCAACUGAUGUCUGUGCGAUAUUAUUGUUUGCAAACUUAUUAAGAAUUGUAUUUUGGUAUGAAAAACGGUUUGAAAGCGCAUUAUUGUAUCAAUCAGUCCUGAUGAUCAUGAUGUAAGUGGAAUUAUUAAGGUUAUGUUUGACAAUAAAGAACAACUCAGUUUAUAAGAAUAAACCAGUUUCAUUCUUUGAUAGUCCAUUGAAUAAGUUUUGGAGAUGGAGCUAAUUAAAUUCUUACAUUACUUGUUUGAUUGCCUUUUUAACAUUUGUAUUGAUCACUAGUUAUUUCAAUCUUGGCAACCCUCAAUAUUGGGAAAUUAUAGGAUUCCUAAGUUGUGCAAUAGAGGCAACUUUGGGUUUGCCUUAAGCCAUAAAGAAUCACACAUCAAAAAGCGUGAAAGGAUUAUCAUACACUAUGAUUGGAUCAUGGUUUGUGGGGGAUGCGUUUAAGACAUUCUACUUUAUAGUGAAAAACUAACCUGCUUAAUUUGUGAUGUGCGGAGUAAUUCAAUUAAGUGUGGAUAUUUGGAUCAUGUUAUAAAUAGCAGUAUUUAGUUCUAAGAAGAGUGAUUUAGCAGAAUUAUGA